AUGAAAUUAGAUGGUUCAAAUUAUCUUUUAUGGCGUGAUCAAUUUGAGAGAGUUCUUGUUUCAACGGAUUUGUAUGGUUAUGUUAAUGGUGAAAUCAUGGAACCUCCUAGAAGAAUUAUAGUUAAUGGGGUUGAGGUAGAUAAUGCUAAUUGGGUUUCUUGGAGACGAUUAGAUAGAUUUGUCUCAACCUUCCUUAAAGCCACAUUUACUUCUACUGUUAGCGGUGAUAUUCUUGGUCUUACUACGACAAAGGAUAUUUGGGAUUAUCUUGAAACUAGUUUUAGAACUCAAUUUCGUGCAAAGAAAAAUUUGUUGAGGACACAAUUGAAUGGAAUUAAAAAGGGAAAUCAAUCUAUUAUUGAUCAUCUUAAGAAGAUUAAAACAAUAGCUGACUCUUUAGCAGCAAUUGGUGAAAAAGUGAGUGGUGAGGAUGUAAUAAUGUUCUUACUAAAUGGAUUGGGUAGUGAAUAUGAUGUUUUUGUGGUUUCUUCUCAAAAUAGAGAGACUCCAUAUACUUUUGGAGAAAUUAAAGCUAGAUUACUAUCUCAUGAGAAAUUUCUCUCUGAGAGGCAACAUCAAAGUACAAAAUUGUAUGAUGAACAGACUGUUACUGCUUUUUAUGGGAGAAAUGGUUCCACUGGUUAUAAUAACAAUAGAAAAAAUGGUGGAUAUAAUAAGAAUGACAAUGGUGGAUCAUAUAAGAACAUCCAAUAUCAACAAGGGUCUAUCUCUAAUAGCUCAAAUGGUCAGUCACUGAAUGAAUCAACUUCAAAUAAUGAUUGA